AUGCGGCGGUUUCAGGAGGUUGUUGAUGAGUGUGGUCUGCAGGAGGUUGAGUUUUCAGGGCCCUUGUUUACUUGGAAGCGUGGUUCUACUUUUGAGAGACUAGACAGAUGCUUCAUUAAUCAGGAUGCGGCGGAGCUGUUCCCACUAUUUCACGAGGCUCAUGUGGAUGUUGGGGCCUCGGACCAUAUUCUGCUAGUGUUAUUAGCUGAGGGUCCACAUGGAGGACGAUUUAGAGCAGGGAGAGCUAAAAGAAGGUUCCAGUUUGAGGCUCUCUGGACGAAAGAGCAGGACUGUGGGAACGUGGUGAAGGAGAAUUGGUCUGGUAAUGGGGGACUUCUAGAUGUUACAGAUAGAUUGGCAUUUGUCUCAAGGGCACUGCAACAGUGGAAUGCAACUACAAUUGGACACAUCCCAAAGAAGAAUGAGGAGCUGACUAAAUGGCCUUUUGACAGCUGUGAUGAUGGGGUGCAAGUUAAAAGGAAGGAGGUGGUCAGUGAAUUGAAUAAAUAUCUAGAGCUGGAAGAAUCUUUGUGGAAACAGAGGUCUCGUGUUUCCUGGCUACGAGAAGGGGAUCAGAAUACAAAAUUUUUCCAUAGCUAUGCUAAAACUAGAGGAAGGAAGAACUGUAUACAGGGCAUUACUAAUAGUGAGGGGGUGUGGCAAGAUUCUGAGGAGGGUAUCCAGCAUGCUUUUUUGGCCUAUUUCCCGAUGUUGUUCACCUCUGAGGGCCACAAUCAUAUGGAGUUGGUUUUGGAUGCAGUCCCAAUGCGAGUUACCGAUGAGAUGAAUCAGAGGCUUUCCAAACCGUUCACCAGAAUUGAUAUUGAGACAGCACUGAAACACAUGAGUCCUGAUAAGUCUCCAGGAGAGGAUGGGUUUCCGACACGGUUUUACCAAACUUAUUGGGACGUGAUAGGGGAUGAAAUUAGCUCUACUUGCUUAAAGGUUUUAAAUGAGGGUGCAGGUGUUGCAAGGCUCAACCAUACUUUAUUGGCUCUGAUUCCAAAGGUCGACAAUCCCCAAGUGGUGACUGAUUUCCGUCCCAUCAGUUUGUGUAAUGUCCUCUACAAGUUGAUAUCAAAAACUGUGGUGAACAGAAUGAAGAGUUUAUUGCCAGAAGUGAUCUCCAGUUAUCAAAGUGCCUUUGUCCCUGGUAGAAGCAUCCAUGAUAAUGUGAUUACUGCAUUUGAGGUAGUCCAUUCUAUUAGAAAUCGGCUGACAGGGGAUGAUCCUUAUUGUGUGUUGAAGCAUGACAUUAGCAAGGCGUAUGAUAGGGUUGAAUGGGUUUUUCUUCAGAAUAUUAUAUUACGAAUGGGGUUCAAUGAACGGUGGGUCGCUCUAGUAAUGAGGUGUGUGAAGUCUGUGUGGUUUAGCAUCUUAUGGAAUGGUACAGCAGUGGGCAGAAUUACUCCGACAAGGGGGCUACUGCAGGGGGACCCGUUGUCCCCCUAUUUGUUCCUAUUGUGUUCCGAGGGGUUGACAGGGCUGUUCCAAAAGGCAGAUAGAGAAGGGCUGAUUCAUGGGGCUAAAGUGUGUGAAGGGGUGCCGGCUAUUUCACAUCUUUUAUUCACUGACGAUAGUUUGUUAUUUGGGAAGGCUGAUAUCCAGGAGGCGACACAGUUAAAGCAGAGUCUACUACUAUAUGAGAGUGCGGCUGGACAAAAGAUCAACUUUCAAAAGUCGGCCAUUUCUUUUGGGCCAGGUUUGCCACAAGCUCAGAAGCUCCCAAUAAUUCAAAUGCUGGGUGUUCCAGUGGUCCCGUUUCAUGAAAGGUACCUGGGACUACCAAUUGUUGCUGGAAGGAAUCGAAAAGAAAUGUUCAAAAAAAUUCAUGAACGGCUCGACUAUCAUUUGAAGGGUUGGCAAUCUAAGUUGUUGUCAAAGGCGGGAAAGACGGUGUUGAUUAAGGUCGUAGCACAGGCUAUUCCUUCCUAUACUAUGUCAGUGUUCAGAUUGUCAAAGGGUGUCUGUCGCACUUACCAGUCCAAAAUUGGGAAGUAUUGGUGGGGAAAUGGAGGGAAGAAAAGGGGGAUACAUUGGUGUACAUGGCAGGUGCUUUACAAGAACAAGUUGGCAGGCGGAUUGGGAUUUAGGGACAUCGAGUGUUUUACUCAGGCUUUAUUGGCGAAGACGGUGUGGCGGAUUGUGUUUCAGACCAAUUCUUUAGUUAAUUGUAUUCUUCAACAGAAAUAUGCAGUUAAUGGUAAUUGGGCAGCAGUGCAGGUUGGGAGUAAGGAUUCCUUUAUUUGGAAAAGCCUUAUGUGGGGGAAAGAGCUGCUAUGUGCGGGUAUUCGGAGGAGAAUUGGUAAUGGGGACACAACGAGGAUUUGGGAAGAUAAGUGGUUGCCCUCGCCUUGGUCUUUUCGGGUGAUUACUCUGAGAUUUUUGGAUUCGGCUACAACGGUGAACCAGUUAAUGGAAAAACCAGGUAUGUGGAAUGUUGAUUUCAUUAAGGAUAAGUUUCUUUCUGUGGAUGUGGAGAAGAUACUUUCUAUUCCUUUGUGUGAAAGUAGUGGAGGAGAUGUGGCUGUUUGGCAUUAUACGAAGGAUGGGUAUUAUACGGUGAAAUCUGGGUAUUGGUUAGGGAUGGAGCUGAGGCAGGUGGAUAGGGGAGCUGAGUGUAGUAGGGAGAAUGAUGUUUCAAACUCCAAUAAUGUCUGGAGUCUUAUCUGGGGACUAGGUGUUCCUAACAAAGUCAAGCUUUUCCUGUGGAGAGCUUGCCAUGCAUUCUUACCUUGUGUUGAGCGUCUGGUUAGGCGCAAAGUGUGCUCUCAUGAUGGGUGUGGUAGAUGUGGUAGACCAGGUGAAACAGUUUUACAUAGCCUUUGGGAAUGCCCAAAAGUCCAAAAAAUUUGGAAGGGUACAUGGUUGAGUGGGUUUGUUAAACAUUGGAGGGAGUCGUCUUUUACUGAUCUGCUGGUUCAUGUGGCUGAUGUAGGGACUCAGAGUGAGCUGGAAUUUUUUGGGCUUCUCUGUUGGUGGAUUUGGAAAAGUAGGAACGACAUGUUACAUGGUAAGGAAGAGGUGAAUCCUGGGCAGAUUGUGCAGAGAUGUGUGGAAUGGCAAGGAGAGCUUUCUACGGUGCUGGGGCAUACUACAACGAUUCAAGGACAUCAGAUGAACAAUACGGGAGGACUAAUUGGUGCUCUAUCCAUACCAUUACCGGUUCCAAUCAAAGCUGAGGCCACUGAGGCUUUAGCUUUAUGGAAUGGCUUAUGUUAUUGUAAGGAGCUGGGUUUGAGGAGAGUUAAGGUGUUUGGGGACGCACUCAAUGUACUCAAUGGGCUGACUGUGCCUAGCUGGGACUUAAGCGAUAUUGGAGGAAUCCUUGAUGCAAUAAGAUUGAUAAAACUCUUCUUUGAUGGAGCGACGGAUGCGGGGAGAGGAUGUGUUGGUUUGGGGGCUGUUAUAGUGAACAAUAUGGGAGGACUAAUUGGUGCUCUAUCCAUACCAUUACCGGAGCUGGGUUUGAGGAGAGUUAAGGUGUUUGGGGACGCACUCAAUGUACUCAAUGGGCUGACUGUGCCUAGCUGGGACUUAAGCGAUAUUGGAGGAAUCCUUGAUGCAGUAAGAUUGAUAAAGACCUAUGAUCCAAAUGAUCCUGCUAACUAUGGAGUCAUUCAGGAACAACUGAAGCCCUCAUUUGAUCUUCUAGAAGAUGCUGGAUUUGAAAAAGAAAAAAAAAUCAUCCGAGCUAUUGAUGACAUGAAGGAGAAAGGUGACAAACUGUUAGAAAAGCUAAAUGCUAUUGACAAGAAACUUGAAGAAAAGCUAGCAGAGUUGGAUCAUACUUUUGGAAAGAAAGGAAAGGUUCUAGAGAAAGAGAUCAAGGAUCUAGCAGAGGAAAGAAAUGAUUUGACGGAGAAGAAGAGAAGCCCUCGAUCUCUAUAG